UGUGUCACAACAUUUCUGUUUCAUAACAUUCCGACACCUGCCGUUUUUAUUUGAGCAGCUAGGCUACAUUAAAGUUUCCACGACCGUUCAUUGCUUGAUCAAUAAGCAGCGUUCUCUAAGCAUGGCGUCAGUGCUGUCACAGCUGAUGGGUCAGUGGAUGGAUGUUCAGGGUCUGCUGAUAUUUCUGUGUGUGCUGCUGCUGGUGAAACACCUGCGAGAUGUUCUUACAAACAACAUGCCGCCAGGACCCUUCCCUCUGCCUUUGGUUGGAAACAUACUGAAUAUAGGCUUCAGUGAUCCACUGGGCUCCUUUCAAAGGAUUGCUGAGAGGUAUGGAGAUGUGAGCACACUGUAUAUGGGAAACAACCCCUGCAUCCUGCUCACUGGAUACGAGAGUUUCAAAGAGGCGUUUGUGGAGCAGGCGGACAUCUUCACAGACCGGCCGUACUUCCCUACAAUUGGCAAGCUCACUAAAGGGAAAGGUCUGAUCUUCUCCAGCGGGCACAUGUGGCGUCAGCAAAGGCGUUUUGCUCUAGCAACACUGAAAUACUUUGGUGUGGGGAAGAAAACUCUAGAAAACUCCAUCCUGCAGGAGUGUCGCUUUCUCUGUGACUCUAUACAGUCUGAACGAGGUUUGCCCUUCAAGCCACAGCAUCUUGUGACCAAUGCUGUGGCUAAUAUAAUCUGUGGAUUGGUGUUUGGUCACAGGUUUGAGUAUGAUGACCAUGAAUUUCGUCUAAUGCAGGAGUAUGUAGAUGACACCUUUCAACUUCCUAUCUCAAACUGGGGUCGGUUAUAUAACCAGUUUCCCACCCUCAUGUCGAUGCUGCCGGGAAAACACCAGACGGCAUUUGCCAGCAUGUCUAAACUUCAGUCCUUCCUGCAGGAGGAAAUCAGAAAACAUAAGGAGGAGAGAGAUCCGUCCAAUCCCAGAGACUACAUUGACUGUUAUCUGGAUGAGAUUGAGAAGUGUAAGGAUAGUGCGGCAGAGUUCACUGAGGACAACCUGAUGUACUGUGUGGUGGAUCUGUUUGGAGCAGGAACAGAAACCACUUCUAAUACACUCAGAUGGGCUUUACUUUUCAUGGCCAAAUACCCAGAAGUGCAAGAGAAAGUCCAGUCUGAGAUUGAUCAGGUGAUUGGACAGACACGCCAACCACUGAUGGAUGAUCGGACAAAUCUGCCGUACACCUACGCGGUGAUCCAUGAAAUCCAGAGGUUUGCCAACAUUAUUACCUUCACGCCUCCCAGAAUGGCCAACAAGGACACAACAGUGGGAGGACGUUUCAUCCCGAAGGGUGUGAUAGUGGCACCAUUGCUAAAGUCAAUCCUCCAGGAUAAGAAAGAAUACAGCACUCCAUAUGAAUUCAAUCCUGCUCACUUUCUGGACGAAAAUGGCACAUUUUUGAAGAAAGAAAGUUUCAUUCCUUUUUCAAUAGGUAAGAGGAUGUGUCCGGGUGAGCAGCUCGCUCGUAUGGAGCUCUUCCUCUUCUUCACGUCUCUGAUGCAGCAUUUCACCUUCCUGCCUCUUGAGCGACAAACGUUGAGUCUGAAAGGAACUAUAGGCGUCUCGUCUGGUCCUGAAUCCUUCCAGAUACGUGCUGUACCUCGAUUCUGAUUACUUAAAAAUGAGCUCAAACACCAGCAUUCAUUAUAUAGUUUUUCUCCCACAGGAAUCCACAGCUACAGCUCACAAACAUUAAUUACUGUAGGGUUGUGAUUAUAAUUUGAUCUGUAAUCUUAAUAUUAUUUUGCUGCUCAUAUACUGUCUGGGCAUGAAAAUGUGGAGACAUCAAUCUUGGAACUCAGUACUCUGGCCUGCCCGACUCUAAAACACUGUUCAAAAGUUUGGGGUCUGCCAAGUUGGUAUGUUGUUGUUUUUUUUUUU